CUUAAUAACCAAAGCAGGUAGCCGGAUCACGGGGCAACAUUACAUAACACCUGCCUCAUUUAUUAGUACACCCUUUUAUUAGAGGACAGCACUCUGAUAAACGAUAGCAGCUCUGCUAUUUCUUCUUAUAAAGUGAAGAGCAGCCAUGUCAGAUUGUGCUGAAGGAACGUACAAGGACACGGAUAUGAAUUACGCACGAUUUCUUACAGCAGUGAGUGCAGCUAGGAAGCCCUCACCUAUACGAGCACUGACUGAUCUGUUAAUGAGGUCUCCACCUUCCAUGAUAUCUUUAGCGGGGGGGAUUCCAAAUCCAAAUACAUUCCCAUUCAAAGCUGCCAGCAUAACAUUGGAUGAUGGCACAGCCAUAGAGAUUGGAGAGAGUUUGAUGAAGAAAGCUCUACAGUACUCUGCAACAGCUGGAAUUCCUGAAUUAGUCUCCUGGUUGAAAGAUUUACAGAAGAAAAUGCACAAUCCGCCUACACUUAGUUAUAGCCCUGAGAAAGGUCAGAUGGAGCUGUGCGUCACCUCUGGAAGUCAGGAGGGCCUGUCCAAAGUAUUUGAAAUGCUUGUGAACCCUGGAGACAAUGUCUUAUUGGAUACACCGACCUAUUCAGGAACUAUAGCUGCCGUAAGACCUUUGGGUUGCAAUCUCAUUGGUGUCCCCACUGACCAACACGGUAUUAUUCCUACGGCUCUUAAGGAAGUUCUUUCUAGAUGGCGACCAGAGGAUGCUACUAAUCCUGAAAAGAAUAACCCAAAAGUUCUAUAUACCAUACCAAAUGGAGGUAAUCCUACUGGGGCCUCCCUGACUGAAGAGCGCAAAAUAGAAAUAUACCAGAUUGCACGGGAGUAUGAUUUAAUUAUUGUGGAGGACGAUCCCUAUUAUUUUCUCCAGUUCAACAAGCCUUGGGCUCCAUCUUUCCUCUCAAUGGAUGUUGAUGGGCGCGUUAUCAGAGCAGACUCUAUGUCUAAAGUCCUUUCUUCCGGAUUAAGGAUUGGCUUUUUAACAGGUCCCAAACCACUCAUCGAAAGGAUUAUACUGCACAUGCAGGUCUCUACCUUACAAACAAGUACCUUCACUCAGAUUCUAACAUAUCAGCUGCUUCAAAAGUGGGGUGUAGAAGGCUUCCUGGAACAUAUUGAUAGUGUAAUAGACUUCUACAGAUCACAGAAGGAUGCCAUACUCACUUCUGCAGAUAAGUGGCUAACAGGUUUGGCUGAGUGGCACAGUCCUUCCGCUGGCAUGUUCCUGUGGAUGAAGAUCAAGGGAGUCCCUGAUACUCAUCAAAUGAUCAUGCAAAAAGCAUUAAGUAACCAGGUUCUUUUAGUUCCUGGUUCUGCGUUCAGUACUGACAGUUCAGAGCCCAGCCCUUAUGUGAGAGCUUCUUUCUCUUUGUCUUCUCCAGAACAAAUAGACCUGGGACUUCAAAGACUGUCAUCACUUAUCAUUGCAGAAAGAAAAUGAAUGCUGCUGGAGAGAUAAAUUAGGGACAUGUUACAUAAUGGCUCUUUUACAAAUCGGUGUUCCAAUAUUGGUACUUUUUACACCCCCUUAAAAUCAUUGUGCCCACAUUUGAUAUUUCAUAGAGAAAGAUUUGCUAUAAAACAUAAUAAAAAUAAUGUAGGCAUUGAAAAGCCCAUAUAGAGAAAGAAAGAAACUAAACCUUUUAACUUUCAAAAGUCAUUCUAAUGUACAUUUUUCUCCACUGGCCUACGUUCAGGUUCUCGCUGUGCUGUUAUGGUUUAAUGUGGUUUGUAAUUUGUGCAGGACUCAGUACAAAGUGGGGUAACAGGUUCCUAGGUUCUCCUUGUGGAACAGAUUUUAUGAUACAGUACCAGAAUCUAGGGGCCGUUCUCAUGCUGCUUACAAUAAGUAUCAAAGGACCACAAGUUGGACACCAAGGUUUUAAAGUUUGCAAAAUGAACCUGUACGCAAUGCUAAGCUGGUCAACUGCCAUUUACAGUGAGAAUCUGGCAGCCCCAGGGGGUGUAUUAAGCGAUUAAUCGCCUGUGCUAGUUAAAUGUUUUUUUUUUUUUUAGAUUUAAAGAUUUAGAUUUAAAGGUGAUGCUUAAUAUCAGAAUUAAUAUAAUUAGUAUAAUAACAUUUGUUUUUUGUUGUUUUUCCUAGUCGUACAGAACAAUUGUACGUGUAGCAAAUUUGCUGUCAAUUUCUUCUAUAAAUCUACCCCUAGGUGUCUUCAAGCAUAUUUAGCUUUUUCUUAAAACACCCAGGAGACUAUAAUAAGCCUAUAUGAAAUACAUGAUCUGCAUUGUAGAUUGUCAUACUCAGUCCUGCAGCCCAACAUUUUAAAUGAUUUAUUAUCUGAAUUUUCGGUGUUCUCUGCGUGCCCUAAGGCAAAGCUAAACCUGCCCAUAAGCACCUGGAUUUGCCUGCUGAUGCACAUGUGACGUUUUAUGAGGUUUGAUACUAAUACAGUCACAUAUGAAAAAUGUU